AAAUAUCUCCACGCCACGCCAGAUUCAUUUCCUGAUUCUUCUGUAGAAACAGUCACUUCGAUAUUCAAUUGGUUCUUCGACUAUUUAUUUUACUUUUUCGUAUUCUCCGACUCUUUUUAAAGCGUUGCCUAUUUAUGAGAUAAGCUUUGGCUCCUUGAAAAAUAAUAUAUUUAUCUCCUUGGCUUUGUGAAUAUUGGUUUGGAAAGGACUGUGGCGCUGAGGAGUUGUUUCUGGUUAUUGCAGGUUUCGGGCCUCAAUCCUAUCUGGUUCAUUGAUAACAUAGUCUCCAAAAUCUUCCUUUGUUGAUGACUUUGUGCCGAUAGUUACAUACACUCAUCAAGAUGAACCACCAGUAUGGUGAAGAGCAUGACGAGGCAACUGUUGCGGGCUUUGAAGUUCCAAGAUCACCUGAUUCAAGUUACAACAAUGCAUACCCUGGUAAUGAAGAUGAGGCUCGGGACCCCCCUCUUGUCCCUCCACAUCUGCAGAACACCUUGCUUAGUUACCCAGCAAGCAGAGACACUACUGGAACUCUUCCAUUGCCACAGAAUGUGAUUCUCAACCAUCUUUACAUUGAGAACAGGAAUGCCCCGCGAUCUGUAGUGGCGCUUGGGUUCACUCAUCGGUUCCGUCAAAAAUAUGUUACAGUUGUGGUUUACAAGCCAGUGCAUAGAAGGGGCAAUACCGGCACUUGACGUGCAUAUAGGAGAAAUCAUUAGGUUGGUUUAUUUGACCCUGUUAUGAUGGGAUUAAUCAUGAUAGACCCGAAUACAAACUUAGUCAGGAAGGAUAUUUAUGUUCUUCGACUCAGUUUGGAGGAAAUCAUUAUUACAGAUGAUGCACUGAAUUUGUUUUACUGAAGAUUUCUGGAGACUUGAUUUAUUGAUGGUCAGAGGCUGGACUUGCUA